CUUUGCAGCCCUCUUGCUCUGCCCUGAGUAGACACCUCCAGUGGGGCCUCCUGACCCAAGGGGCGCCUUAGGAACCGGUCUGCUGCAUGUGAUGAAAGUGUCUACUCUCAGGGAAAGCACUGCCAUGGCUUCCCCACCGCCCCGGGAGAUGGAGGAGGAGCUGGCACCCGCUGGCUCUGAGCCAGGUGACCCUCGGGCCAAACCCCCUGUCAAGCCCAAACCUCGAGCCCUGCCUGCCAAGCCAGCCCUGCCUGCCAAGCCCAGCCUGCUGGUGCCUGUUGGGCCUCGGCCCCCCCGGGGUCCCCUGGCUGAACUGCCUUCUGCUCGGAAGAUGAACAUGCUGGCAGGACCCCAGCCCUACGGUGGCAGCAAGCGUCCCCUUCCCUUUGCACCAAGGCCUACAGCUGAGACCCCUGCUGGAGGAGAAACUACCCAAGAGACUGGAAAAGAGGCAGGGAAAGAGGAGCUACCCCCUUUGACUCCCCCAGCCCGAUGUGCCGCUCCGGGGGGCGUGAGGAAGGCACCUGCCCCCUUCCGCCCAGCCUCAGAGCGCUUUGCAGCCACCACAGUGGAAGAGAUCCUGGCCAAGAUGGAGCAACCACGGAAGGAGGUCCCUGCCAGCCCUGACCGCCUCUGGGGCUCCCGCCUCACCUUUAACCAUGAUGGCAGCUCACGAUAUGGCCCCAGGACCUAUGGCGUGGCCAGUGGUCCCAGGAAUGAGGAUGGCAGGACCCUCUGCAGGGGAUGGUCUCAGGAGGGGCCAGCACACUCACCCACAGAGUGUCAGGAAGAGCACAGCAAGACCCCUGAGGAGAGGAUUCCCCCUUCCGACUUGGCCUUCAACGGGGACCUGGCUCAGCCGGCCAGCUCUGAGCCACCUAUUGAUGUUUUCAAGCCCCGGGUCCCCUCAAGUCCAGGACCCACCUCAGAGAAUGGAGGUUCUGCCAUCCCAGGCCUCCCUGCUGAUGUCCCUGGCCCAGUCCCUGUGUCUUCCUGUCCUCACUCACCAGGAGAGCACUCUCCCCACCAGCUUCCAGAAGCCCAGAGUCUUGCAGCUUCGGAGGCUUCUCCCUGCCUCCCUGCGACUCCAACAUCCCCAAGUGCAACCCUGCCUGAUGAAGGCCCCUGUUAUCCUCCUAGCCUGGGGCUCCCUCCUGAAGGAGCCCCAGAAGCCCCCAGAGCUAGCAGUCCUCCCCUUGAGGAGGUCUUGAGGUGCCACAGCCCAGAGCAGCCCCCGGCCACCUCGCCCCGGCCCCUGAUUGAGGGGGGUGAGUUGCUGGAUCUCACUCAGACAUUUUCAUCUGGGGAGGAGGAGGUGGCAGUGGUGGCCAAGGGUAACGCCGACCUCCGUUCCAUCAGCCUGGCUCAGCGCCGAUUCUCUGAAGGUGUGCUCCAGCCACCUGGCCAGGACCAGGAGAAGCUAGGGGGCUCGCUGGCUGCCCUGCCCCAAACCCAGGGGACCCAGUCGGCCCUGGAUCAUCCAUUUGAAAGUGGGACAGAAUCCAACUGGAGCUUGUCACAGUCCUUUGAAUGGACCUUUCCCACGCGGCCCUCAGGCCUGGGCGUGUGGCGGCUGGACUCCCCACCCCCCUCCCCCAUCACUGAAGCCAGUGAGGCCGCUGAGGCUGCUGAGGCUGGCACCUGGGCUGUGGCUAGCAGGGAGGAAGGUGUGUCCCAGCAGGGACAAGUGGCUGGGUCAGCUCCAGGGGGGCCAGGAAGGCCUAGUUCCUGGGUGCAGGGGGAUGAUCCAGGUACCUCUUCAACCCAAAAGGGUGAUGGGGAGAGUCAGCCUCGGUCCCCAGCUGUUUCCCUUGAUCCCCUGCCUACAACUGGGGGCCCACCUGGAUCACCCUUACUGCAGGCAGAGGAGAGGUGUGAAGAGCGGGAGCCCCUGGCUGGACUGGAGUCUCCCCUUCCUCUCGCCAUGAGGGAGGCAGCCCUGCCCAUCCUGGAGCCAGUCUUGGGGCAGCAGCAGCCAGCAUCUCCUGAUCAGCCCUGUGUCCUCUUUGUUGAUGCCCCUGACCCUGGGCAGGCAUUGCCUGCCAGGGAGGAGGCUGUGACCUUAGCCCGGGCCAAGACCACUGAACCCAGGGCAGAGGCUCAAGACUCCUGUAGGGUGUCCCCUGAGCCUGUGGGCCCUGAAAGCAGCUCUCGCUGGCUAGAUGACCUCCUGGCUUCGCCACCACCCAGUGCUGGCAGUGCAAGGCGGGGAGUUGGAUCUGAGCUGAAGGAUUCACAGUCUCCAAGUACCUGCUCCGAGGGACUCCUUGGCUGGGCCCAGAAAGACCUGCAGAGUGAAUUUGGGAUUGCAGCAGACCCACAUCCCAGCAAUUUCAGUCCUUCCAGCUGGUCCCAAGGUGCAUCUCAGGACUAUGGCCUUGGGGGUGCGAGCAUUAGAGGAGACCCAGGCCUUGGAGAGAGGGACUGGAGCAAGUAUGGGCAAGGAACUGGAGAAGGGAGCACCAGGGAGUGGGCCAGCAGGUGUGGCGUCGGCCAGGAGGAGAUGGAGGUCAGCAGCAGCCAAGCCCAGAGUGAAGUGUCUGCCCUGGGGGGGCUCAUUGCCCAGGACCGGGUGGUUGGAAAGCCAGCCCAGUUCAGCACCCAGUGGAGCCAGGAGGCAGACAGUCAGGACUGGGAGUUCAGAAAGCGGGAUUCCCAGGGCACUUACUCCAGUCGGGAUGCAGAACUCCAGGACCAGGAAUUCAACAAGAGAGAUUCACUGGGUACUUACAGCAGUCGGGAUGCAAGCUUUCAGGACUGGGAAUUUGGGAAGAGAGAUUCUCUGGGUGCCUAUGCCAGCCAGGAUGCUGAUGAACAGGUCCAGGAAUUAGGGAAGAAGGACCACCUUGGCAGGUACAGCAGCCAGGAUGCCGAUGAGCAGGAUCGGGAGUUUGAGAAGAGAGAUUCUUUGCUUGGCACCUACUGUAACCUUGGUGCAGAGCAGCAGGACCAGGAAUUUGAGAGGAGUGCUUGGAUGAAGGACUACAGCAGCAGUAGCAGCUCCAGGGCCCUCAGCACGCAGGACAGAAGCUUCGGAACAAGAGCCCUGAGCUCCAGGUUCAGUCCCGAGGAAGCCCAGCAGCAGGACGAGGAGUUUGAGAAGAAGAAUCCAAGUGGCGAAGACAGCCUUGGUGAGGCCAGCAGGGAUGCAGGCCGGCCAGAAGAGAGAGAAUCGGGGGGAUUGUUUCGUCCCAGCACCCCCCAGUUGCAGGAUGGGGCACUUGGGCAGAGAGACCAGAGCACCUGGCAAGGCAGUGAGGCCAGCCAGGAGGUUGGAGGGCUGCAGGAGAGACAGCAGGAAGGGGGUCAGAGCCUUGGCGAUGCUGAUGUGCAAGAUGGGGAGGUGGCGAAGCGAGGUUGGGCUGGUGACUUUAGCCUUGGUGUUGCCCCCCAGUCGGAGGCAGCCUUUAGCCUGGGGCAGCCAGACUGGAGCAGGGACUUCUGCAUCGAGGCCAGCGAGAGGAGCUAUCAGUUUGGCAUCAUUGGCAAUGACAGAACGAGUGGUGCUGGCCUGAGCCCUUCCGGCAAGACGGGAGGAGGUCACUUUGUGCCUCCUGUGAAGACCACAGCUGGGCCUGUGGACUGGACUGACCAGCUGGGUCUCAGGAACUUGGAAGUGUCUGGCUGUAUGAGUUCUGGGGGCUCAGGUGAGGCCAGGGAGAAUGCUGUGGGACAGAUGGGCUGGUCGGACAACCUAGGCCUGAGAGACAUGGACCUGGCCAGCCGUUUGGAAAGUAGAGAGUCUGAAGAUCCCAGGGGGAUCGCAGUCGGGGAGAAGGACUGGACUUCUGAUGUUGGGGUGAGGAGCAGAGAUUUGACUGGGGUGGGGGAGGUAGGAGGCUACAGCCAGGCCAGAGAGAGAGGCGUGGGGCAGACUGACUGGUCAGGUGUGGAGGCCGGAGAGUUCCUGAAAUCAAGGGAGCGAGGAGUUGGACAGGCUGACUGGACACCUGACCUCGGGCUGAGAAACAUGGCCCCGGGGGCGGGCUGCAGCCCAGGAGAGCCCAGAGAGCUUGGGGUGGGCCAGAUGGACUGGAGCAACACUCUGGGCCUGAGGAAUUUGGAGGUGUCCUGUGACCUUGAGUCUGGAGGCUCUCGGGAGCCACGGGGAUGUGGUGUAGGGCAGAUGGACUGGGCUCAGGACUUGGGACUCCGGAAUGUGGAGCCCUCUGGGGCCCCGAGUGAAGCCAGGGAGCGUGGGGUAGGAGAGAUGGGCCAGCACCUGGAGCCUGGCCUCAGGAACAGUGGCAGCCUGUCCCCUGGCCUGGAGGCCAGAGACCCCUUGGACGCCAGGGAGCUGGGGGUUGGCGAGAUAAGUGGGCCAGAGACCCAGGGUGAAGACUGCUCCUUGCCUUCCUUGGAGACCCAUGAAGACCCUGGAAUGGAGACGGGAGAAGUCCCAGACCUUGGAGCCAGCCCUGGCGGGUGCCUGGCCCGCUUGCCGCCCUCUGGCUCCCAGGACCUCCUGGAGGAGAUGCUGACAGCCAGCAGCUCCAGGGCUGUGGCCUGUAGGGAGUCAGCGGCCUCCGGCCUCAGGGGCCUGUUGGAGGAGGAAGGAGCCCCAGCAGGUGCUGACCAAGGGGAGCCUCUGGAGCCUGGCAGGGACCCUCUGCCCUCCUGGAGGCCGCAGCCUGAUGGUGAAGCCAGCCGGACAGAUGAGGUGGAUGGCACCUGGGGCCCUGCUGGGCCUGGGCAGGAUGAGCAGGGGCCAGCCUGGACUUCUCAGCAGCCCUCCCAAAUCCCUCCCUCCAGCUCCCCCAGUCAAGACUUCUCCUUCAUCGAGGACACCGAGAUCCUCGACAGUGCCAUGUAUCGGAGCCGUGCCAGCCUGGGGCGCAAGCGUGGGCACCGGGCCCCAGCCAUCCGGCCCGGGGGUACCCUGGGCCUGUCAGAGGCAGCAGACUCAGACGCACGCCUGUUCCAGGACUCUACGGAGCCACGGGCUUCUCGAGUGCCAUCUUCAGAUGAGGAGGUGUUGGAGGAGCCUCAGAGCCGCCGGACACGGAUGUCCUUGGGCACCAAGGGGCUGAAGGUCAACCUCUUCCCUGGCCUGAGCCCAUCAGCCCUGAAGGCCAAGCUGCGCUCCCGGAACCGCUCGGCUGAGGAGGGGGAGCCGGCGGAGAGCAAGUCCAGCCAGAAGGAGUCCACAGUCCAGCGCUCCAAGUCUUGCAAGGUCCCAGGGCUAGGGAAGCCCGUCACGUUACCUCCCAAGCCAGAGAAGUCCUCAGGGUCAGAAGGAUCAUCGCCCAACUGGCUGCAGGCCCUGAAGCUGAAGAAGAAGAAGGUCUGAGAAAUCACAGGUCCUUCCCAUCUGGCAGUCUCAGGCAGUGCCCGUUCCUGUGGGGUCUUUGGGCGAGGAGUCGGCUGGAGCCCACCAUGCCCGGGG